AUGAUGACCCUUGAUCCGAGUCGGAUCCCGACUCGACACCAUUCAAACGAUCAAAUAAAAGACGAUCAAUCCUUUCCGAAACAAGAUACUUAUUAUUUCACGACUGGUGGCGGGGAUUCACCGGGCAGUUCCACGCAAAAUCCACCUAUCUCAGCGCACGAGGAAGCGAAUCAAAUACGCGAAAAUAUGAAAAACAAAGAAUAUGAGGCGUCAUCCUUCACAGCGAUCGAGGCGAAAGGAUGGGAUAUCUUUCGAUUGUUGCCUCCACCACCCGACAAACUCGGCCACGGUUUCUGGCACGAUGCUUCUCUGCAAGUGCUCAAAUUGGGAACAUUCGUUGUGUUAUUUGCCUUAACAUUGAUCACAGCCACUGUCUCAAAAACGACUUUUCUUUUGAUGACAUCAGCGAUUGGAUGGGCUGGCAAAAAUAUGACUAUUUGCAAUGAUCGAUUACCGGAAGCUCCAAUCAACACUGUGGUUUUGUCAAAUAAACUGGUGGUGAAAUGGGUUUGGGCUGUGUACUUUGCGGUGAUCGCUCCCGAAGUGAUUUGCUUCAUUCGAUCAUUUCAUCGAACACUUUUCCGAAAUGUGAAACGACCGACGAUCUUUCAAUUUGUGGCGGUUUUUGUGGUUGAGACACUGCACGCAUUAGGAGUCGGCACACUCGUUUUUCUCGUUUUGCCUGAUUUGGAUGGAGUUACAGCGGCAAUGUUGACAAACGCGGUGUGUUUUGUGCCGGCGAUAAUGACGCUUUUGUCGAGAUCAGCCAGCAAGCUGACUGCAAUCCUUGUUCUUGUCGAUAUUGGCGCCAUCGCGGCACAAAGUAGCGGUUUUUGGGCUUAUUCGAUGCUAUUGCCAUCAGUUCAAAAGCACGCGGUCACUAUUCCCGUUUGCUUGACGUUGAUCUCGUUGGCGUGGUGGCAGAAUUUCGUCUCGACCAAAUCGAUUUUCCCGCCGAUUCGCGCGUUGGCCAGAUUCGCUUCGCAUCUUUCCGAGAAACGCUCGAAAACCUAUGCUUUUGUGUCAAUUUGGAAAAUGAUAAUCUAUCUGCUUUGCGUCUUUUUCUUUAUCGGAUCCAGAAUGCCCCACAAAACAUUAUUCCAUUCGGAUCCAUUCGAAUCAAAGUUGAUCACCAUCACGGGACAUUCAAUCAAUGAGACUCAAAUACAAUCAUUUCUUCAUCGAAUGGAAAAGAUUCAAUCAGGUAUGCCAAGAGAUGAUUAUGAUGACGAAUCAGAAAGAAGCUCAAAAGGAAGCAAAAAGAAAAGUACAAAAGCACCGAAAGAUGUGCCUGAUGCAGGGCCAGUCGAGAUCGAAUCGGAUGAUUAUGAAAAAACCCGGAGAAUGAAAAGAGCCGCCGCGAAGCCGGAAGAAGAAGAGGAUCUCCCACCGCUGUUCCAGGUCUACGAUAGCCACGUCGAGUUGAACAUGUUCACCACUCCGUACGACGCUUUCUGGAUGUGGUGUCUCCAGAUGUUCACCGUUGUCAUGUGCUAUCAGUCGAGCAAAUUCGCGUGCAAGGUGAUGAUGCAAAGGCUUGGCUUUGCUCUACCGAUGGUCCUCUCUGUCCCAUGUACAGUACUCCUUUUAACGCAAGCCUGUGAAUUCAGACGAAUGAGCGCUUGUCAUAUGGUGAAAACGCUUGGAUCAAGGGAACUUUUCUGGUCUUGUCCUCGUAUUCACGGCAUCACUGGUCUCUUCUCAUCCACACAAGCAUGGAUCUGGUUGGCGUGGUUGAUCUCGCAAGUCUGGGUUACCAUUCAUUUGUGGAAUCCGAAGCAUGAGAGAUUGGCGAAGAGUGAGAAGUUGUUCAUUCUUCCCUACUAUGCAGCCGCUUUCGUCGAUCAAUCUUUGGCUUUCAAUAGGCGACGAGAUGAUAAAGCGAAGAUCAAGGCUGAGGAUCUCGAUUUCGAUAAUGAGGACUCAUCACUGACGUAUGAAACGAUCCCAGGCAAUGGUGGGGCUCCAAAAGCUCCGCCGAGUGUUUGCAGUCAUGGGAGCAGUCGGCUAGCUGAUGGAUUGAUACGAGAUGCCGCCUCGACAGCUGAUGCGAUUACGAAAAUCUACGCGUGUGCAACAAUGUGGCACGAGACGGCUCACGAAAUGACAUGCAUGUUGAAGAGUAUCUUCAGAAUGGAUGAGGAUCAGUGUGCGAGAAGGAAUGCGCAGAAAUAUUUCAAGGUGAUCGAUUCGGAUUACUACGAGUUCGAAGCGCAUAUCUUCAUCGAUGACGCCUAUGAGACUAAUGAAUAUGGAGAGCCAGUCAUCAACAAGUUCGUCAAGCAAUUCGUCGAAGUGGUCGACCAGGCGGCGAGCUGUGUUCAUCAAACGCAAAUGCGGCUGAAGCCACCGAAAAAGAUCAAAACACCAUAUGGGGGAAAACUCUCAUAUAUUUUGCCGGGAAAGAACAAAAUGGUCGUCCAUUUGAAAGAUAAGAACAAAAUUCGACACAGGAAACGAUGGAGUCAAGUCAUGUAUCUGUACUACCUGCUCGGCUAUAGACUAAUGUGCAAAGUGGAGGAGCAAAAUCGGAAAGAGGUGAUUUCGGAAAACACAUUCAUUUUGACUCUUGACGGAGACGUGGAUUUCCAACCGGCUUGCGUGCAUCUUCUUGUCGAUCUGAUGAAGAAAAAUCGUCGACUCGGCGCCGCGUGCGGUCGCAUUCAUCCAAGAGGAUCUGGAUUGAUGGUUUGGUAUCAAAAGUUCGAGUACGCGGUAGGCCAUUGGCUGCAAAAAGCCACCGAACAUAUGAUCGGCUGUGUACUUUGCUCGCCCGGGUGUUUCUCGCUUUUCCGCUCGUAUGCCUUGAUGGAUGAUAAUGUGACAAGAAGAUACGCGUCGAAAUCCGAUCAACCACUUGACUAUAUCCAGUACGAUCAAGGAGAGGAUCGAUGGCUUUGCACACUGUUGCUGCAACGGGGAUAUCGAGUCGAGUACUGUGCCGCUUCCGAUGCGCUCACUUUUGCGCCCGAGGGUUUCAAUGAGUUUUUCAAUCAACGGAGACGCUGGAUUCCAUCUACGAUUGCCAAUAUUAUGGAUUUACUCAAAGAUUACAAAAAUGUCGUCCGUGUGAAUGAGAGUAUUUCGAUUUGGUAUAUCAUCUACCAAGUGGUGAUGUUGAUCUCGUCAAUCCUCGGCCCCGGCACGAUCUUCCUGAUGAUUGUCGGUGCCAUCUCGAUCUCGUUCACCAUUUCCACGAAUGUCUCUUUGUUGAUUGUCACUGUGCCCGUCAUUUUGUUCAUCAUUGUUUGUCUCGUCUGUACGCAGGAGAAACAACUACUAGUUGCGCAAGUGAUCGGUGCUCUGUUCGCCAUGUUGAUGACGGCGGUGAUCGUCGGUACUUCAUUGCAAAUUCAAAAGGACGGUAUCUUCUCACCUCACUCGAUGUUCUUGUUCGCUGUCAUUACCAGUUUUCUCACUGCCGCCAUCCUCCAUCCAUUGGAGUUCACGUGUAUCAUCCCGGGUGUGCUCUACUUUUUGGCCAUUCCGUGCAUGUACAUGUUGUUGCCGAUCUACUCGAUUUGCAAUCUCAACACCGUUACUUGGGGUACGAGAGAGGAUCCGAGACCUGAAGAAAAGAAUGACCUGGCAAAGAGGGGCAAAAACGCGGGCAAUCACCACUUGGACAUCGUCGACAACGGGGAAUCGACUAGUGAUGGCGCUUUCUCGUUGGGCUGUGGAAGCGCUUGUCGGCUGUUGUGUUGCCUUAAGCCUGAUCCAAUGGAGACGUCGCCUCAGGUUUGGCGUAUCAAUGAGAAACUCAACGAGAUCACACGAAAAAUGGACAAAAUGGAGCGCCGAACGCAGCCCGGCCUGGCCAGGAGCGAUUUCAGAGCCUCAAUUCUAUCAAAUGGUGGAAUUGGCUCUCACGGGGAUAAAUGCUCGGAAAUGGAUGAGGAUGAUCAGGGAGAACUGGACGACGACUUGGAGAUGUCCCAUCAAUCACAGGCGGCAAUGAAAAACAAAAAAUGGCGACAACAGCAAUCGGAGAGUUGGCUCAACGAUAAAGCUUUGAGAAGAGCUGAACGGGAGUACCUUGAUCCGGAUGAGGAACAGUUCUGGUUGGAUGUCAUCGAUAAAUAUUUGCAUCCCUUGAAUAUGGAAACGAAAGAACAAGACAGGGUCCGAGCCGGGCUUGGGGAAUUGAGAAAUAAGGUAACUUCUGGAUUUCUGAUGCUAAACAUUGUGUUCAUCAUUGUCGUGCUUGUACUUCAACUGCAAAAAGAUUGCCUCCAUAUCGAGUGGCCGUUUGGACCAAGAAAGAAUCACACGUUCAUCCCGUGCCACGGGGAUACGAGCAAAGAGAUCACCGUCAUGUCCCGUCUCCAACUUGAGCCGAUCGGCUUGGUGUUUCUCGUGUUCUUCAUGAGCAUUUUGGUCAUUCAAUUCUUUGCCAUGUUAUUCCAUCGUUUCGGCACCCUUGCUCACAUCAUAGCCUCCACUGAGCUCUUCUGCUUCAGAAAACCUGUGGAUAGGUUAUCCGAAGACGACUUGGUGGUGCAGAAUGCUGUAGAGAUUGCCAGAGAACUUCAGGCGAUUAAGGGAGUUGAUGAGCCACAGGAUGGAGGAUCUGCAGGUCAUCAAAUCUCUCGUCGUAAUGUGGUGCAAAAUCUCGAGUCAUCUCGGCGCUCGAUGAUGAAGAGAAAGACGGAAACUCUUGAUGCGGCCUUUAAGAAACGAUUCUUCGCUUUAAACUCGGAUAAUCAAGCGAGUCAAUCGGACAGUGUCGGUUUUGCGUCGAGAGAGAAACGGUUGACGCUGAGAAAAGGAACGAUUCGAGCGCUCGAGCAGAGGAGAGAAUCCGUUUUUGGAACUCUGGAUAGAAGAGGGGAUAAUCCUUACAAUUCCGACAAUGAGAAUCCGGCUCAAGGGGUAAACAACUCGGCUAGAGGACCCUCGCAAAGGAGAUUGGAGCGAUUGGAUAGGAUAUUCACCGAGGGGCAAACGGGUGGCGGCUCUUCGAACUCGACGGUGGUCCCGAUGCGACAAAAUAAUGCGCCGAAGCCGAUUUGGACGCCGCCUACCGACCAAGAUUCGAGAAGAUUU